AUGAAUAAUUAUUUCAGUCUACCAUCAACAUCAACAAAUGAUCUUUUUUCAAGCAAUGGAACAACAAAUAAUAAUAAUAAUACAGGAUCAUCAUCAAAUGUUGAUCAACAAACAACAAAUAAUGAUGCUAAUAAUUCAACACCAUUUCUCUAUGAUACCGAUUAUAAUCGAGGAGGAUUUACAUCAACAUUCGAUCGAAUAACAUUUCCGACUGCAACAACCAAUAAAGAUCCACUUAUGAAUACAUAUUCAAAUUUUACAAUGAUGCAAGCAGCCGCUGCAUCAAUUUCGAGUUCAACAUCUCAUCAUCAUCAUAUGCAACAACAACAACAACAACAACAACUUCAUCUUCAACAACAUCAAUCAACAAAUGAUUAUCUUUUACCACCAUCGACUGGUACAUCAUCAUGGAAACAAUCUGAACCAAUAUCAUCGUCAUCAAUAACAACAACACCAGGCAAUGACAUGAUUCCUCCAACAGCAAUGCCACCUCCUCAUCAUCAUCAUCAUCAACUAUCAAGCUUUUCUAUGGCAGUUGCCAAUCCAAUGCUUUAUUAUACACAUCCAUGGAUGAGACCAGAAUUUAAUUUUGAACACAAACGUACUCGUCAAACAUAUACACGUCAUCAAACACUUGAAUUAGAAAAAGAAUUUCAUUAUACAAAAUAUUUAACACGUCGACGACGUAUUGAAAUUGCUCAGAGUCUUGCAUUAACUGAACGACAAAUCAAAAUUUGGUUUCAAAAUCGACGUAUGAAAUGGAAAAAAGAAAAUAAUUUUAAAUCACUUAAUGAUCCUAAUGUUAAACUAGAAGCUAAUGCAACAAGUCAUGCUAGUAGUGGACAUAAUCAUCAUCCACAUGCUAUGUCAACAAAUGAUGCAUCAUCAUCAUCAUGGCCAUCGGUACCAAGUGUUAAAAAGGAAAAUAAUCCUCAUCUUUCUCAUCAACAUCCUCAUCAAUAUGUUACCAAUGGAAAUAAUAAAUAG